AGCGCUGCCGGCGCUGAUCGUUCCGAUGCCGUGGCCGCGCUUGUUUUUUUCUUUUUAAUCCCUGAUCGAUGCAUGCCUUCAUGAUGGAUCACGAAUGUGGAGGAGGGCCGCCGGAAUGCAAGCUUUGGGCUUAGGGUGCAUGGCUCGAGGGUGCUGGAUGGAUGCAUGCAUGCAUGCGGGAAGAGCCGACUUUCUUGGAGUCGUCAGAGUGGCCUUCGCAGAGGUUGGCGACUCUCUCCAGCCUUCAUCAUCGGUGCGCGAUGCUCAAGAUCCGCUGCCACAAUCAGUCCCUAGCCCGAAGCAGCUACGCUGUCCAACAGUAGCCUGGAUAGAGCAUCUCGAACUCAGCAUUCGAAUAGCCAACCCCGUCUACGAUCAGCUUCAUACCGAGCAGGCUCGCUCGCUUGCACCAGGGCACGAUGGGUUUCGAGCUGGAAGUGACGCCUCUCAACGUCAUCUCGACAUCUUUUGGAGCUUUUGUGCUGCUAUAUGGAAUAGUCUCGCACAGGAUCAAAGAGAGGCUCUACCUCGGAGAAGCGCCGUUCGCUCUGUUCUUCGGCAUAUUGUUGGCUCAGUAUGGCGUGCCAGAGUACCUGAAGGGCUCGCCUGGUCAGAGCGCGGAUCCACUCGAUGGUUUUGGACUUGGAUUCAGUAGAUUCAUCAUCGGUGAGUGGUCGUAUGGCAUGGUCAGACAAUCCCUUGGCUCGCUUAUCUUUCCCGAACUCUCUUUGGCGCCCUGUGCAGGCACGCAGCUGGUGUUGGUCGGCAUUGAAUUGCCGUACAAAUACAUCGUCAUUGAGAUGGGAAGUCUAGCGAUGCUACUGUUACCUGUCAUGACGACCAUGUGGAUGGUCACCUCGCUCUCGAUCUGGGCGGUCAUUCCCGGCGUGUCUCCACUGGUGGCGCUUGCAGUAGCCUCGUGCGCUACUCCGACAGAUCCUGUCCUGAGUAACGCGAUCGUGAAAGGCUCGUUUGCCGAAGCGUACGUCUCCCCUAGGAUCCGCAACUUGAUCAGCGCAGAGAGUGGCGCCAACGACGGCUUUGGCCUACCAUUUACCUUUCUCGCCCUGAAUUUGAUCCAAAAAGCAUCGACAGCUGAGGCGCUCAAGUCCUGGGCGCUAGAAGUGGUGCUGUGGUCGGUCGUCGGAAGUGUAGUUUGGGGAGCCGUAGUCGGUUUCACGGCCAACUAUCUUCUAAAGGUGGCCACGAGGUACUCUCUCAUCGACAAGGAGAGCUUCUUGCUAUUCGGAGUCGCUAUGGGCACGUUCGUUGUCGGAAGUGGUGGACUCUUGGGCGUCGAUGAUCUGCUCGCUUGUUUCAUCGCUGGUAACGCGUUGACUUGGGACGACUGGUACCGUAGAGAGACGGAAGACGAUGAUCUGCAGAACAUCGUCGAUCUUCUCUGCAACGCUGUCUUUUUCACUUUCAUUGGCGUCACAAUCGACUGGACCAGCUUCAACGAUCCAGACCUCGGCAUCACACCAGUGCGGCUUAUCUUGUUGAACGUACUCGUGCUCUUACUCCGCCGUCUGCCUGCCAUGCUGCUCCAUCAGCCGUUCAUUCCGCAAAUCAUCGAUCAAGGAGAGGCGGCAUUCAUGGGGUGGUUUGGACCAAUUGGUGCCGGCGCGGUGUUCUAUGCCUUCCUGGUUCUAGAUGCCAUUGAAGAGGGCGAUCUAGUCCCCGACGCAAUUCGCAUUCGUAGCAUCAUCAAGCCCAUCAUAUAUUCUCUCGUCUUAGGCAGCGUGCUUGGCCACACCUUAUUGAUUCCCGUGAUCAAGCUGAUCUUCACCAAAUUCGGCGUCAAAAGCAUCAAGAGCAACGCCGUGGCAGACGAUGCCUCAAUCGUCGGCUCACAAACCUCGAGUCGACUGCAAGAAGAGCGGUACGAAGCUGGAGAGGGCCAUGCCCCUCACGACGAGGCAGCAGAGAGGAGGGAUAGGCGGAUGAGUGAGAGUCAGAGAAGGCACUCAAUUUUGUCUGCCAUCAGCGGCCAGCAAGCAGAUAUCAUCGGAGGCUACGACGCGGACGGAAACUGGGUCGAGGGAGAACGAGCCAGCUGGAGGAUCUCGUCUGGUCACAAACUUGGACCGCACACGCGAGUGCGCAAUCCUCAGGGCGGAGAGGUGCGCCUCGGAGAUUUCAAACCAAGUGCAUGGCACCGCGGCGAGGAAGAGAGGCAGCGCGUUGAAGGUCUCCAAGAUGAAGCUACGUACGGAGCUCUGGAGGAGGGAAGAUAGCAGGUGCUCAGCGUGCGACAUUUUCCGAUCAUUUCUCAGCUCUGACUCGAGCGAGCUGGAAAGACAGCUCGCUGUAUAGGUGCUUCAAGGCUCCGCUCCACCACGAAAUGGAAUGCAAUGCAAUGGAUUAGUACAAUGAGAU